ACAUGGCUGCGCCCAUGUGUGUUAGAUGAAUGGAUUUUACUUUCUUGUUAACUUGACAUAUAGACGGUAAAUUUGGCUGACACUUACUCAUACAAUAACCAGAACACUUUAAAGGGUGCUUGGUUGACUGAUGAUAUAUUCAGGGAAUCGACAUUCCAUUUCAGUCUGAUAAUGUAACCAGGAUGAUUUGAAGGUAUUGAAACUGAAGAAACGUGAAAUUAUUAACCAUGUCAAAGAAAGCUCAACGCCUGGAAUCAAAGAAAAGAAAAGCAGUUGCCUUUCUACAGCUUGUACAGGACAAAGAAAAGACAAAAGACACAACUUGCUGUACCCCUGACAAGCAGGCCAGGACUGAGGAAGUCAGUAACCAUGGUAACAAGUCUGCUGAGAUGGACGAAGAAACAAGGGCACGAAUUAGGGCUGUUCGUGAGUGGAAGAAGGCCUCUAUGGAGAGGCCAAAGUUGUAUUUGACCUUGGAUGACCUUGAUGAUGAUGGGGUACGCCCACCAUUGUUUGUUCAAGACCUUCAACAUCUAAUUUUGUUCGGACUAGAAGGAAACAUAACAAGUUUCAAACCCAGAUGGUGCAAGUUACUGCGAUGUACAAAGGUCUCUGGUGUUGUUGUUGUGGUGCUGAAUGAUGUAGGCCAGUCAGACUAUGAAGCAUACAAGGAUUCUUUCUCCCAUCUGGAUGCUCUUUUUGACAUGUGCAUAUCACUGACCUCCCCAUCCCAGUAUGGCAGCACGGUGGAUCAGGAAAUGUUCAAUUUACCUGUCAGUAUUUCUGAACUGCUUAGAAGAAAUGUUCCUUUAAAGAAUGCCAAGGAGAUAUCAUAUGGGGCCACACCUCAAUACAUUCAAAAGUUAAUUACGAUCAAUCAUAAAAUCGCUGAGUUACCCGAUGAAGAUGUGUUUCCAAGGACCCACCUCUUGCUGAGCAGUAGCCAGAUGUCAGCUGAGAAAUACCCCUUACCUCUGGAGAGUCAGUCAGAUAAGUUGAAAGACUUUGUGUUUACCUGUGAUAAGUAUGAGGAAGUGACGGCUAGCAGUCCAAUGUUUGCUGUGGAUUGUGAGAUGUGUAAAACCUCGGAGAAGACAUCAGAGCUGACUUGGGUCUCUCUUGUGAAUGAGGAUUUGGAGGUGUUGUACGAGACACUGGUGAAACCAUACACUAGAAUCACCAACUACCUGACCAGGUAUUCUGGUGUCUCAGAGAAAAUGCUAUCAACCAUAACAACCCGCUUGGAAGAUGUACAAAGGCACAUACAGAAGAUUCUUCCUCCGGAUGCGAUUUUGUGUGGACAGUCACUGAAUGCUGAUCUCAUGGCUCUCAGGAUGUUCCACCCCUAUGUGAUUGACACAAGUGUGAUAUACAACCUGACGGGCUUGUCAAAUGUCAAACCCAGUCUGCGAAAGCUUUCAAGCAUCUUCCUGGGUAAGCUGAUUCAAGACGGCCAGUCAGGGCACAACCCAUCUGAGGAUGCUAUAGCCACCAUGGAGCUGGUCAAGCUUAAGUUAAGACAAGGGUUGCAUUAUGGGGACGUCAGGAUGGGGAACAUCAACUUUCCACAGCAGGUCAGUAGACAGCCUGACCAACAAGAUGCAUCUGAGGGGUGUGGAACCACUGCCAAGACUGCAGCUGUAGAGGAUGAGAGUAAUGGGUGUCAGAACACCUCCGAGAAAAGCAAUCAGAUAUCAGAAACUGUCAACAGAGAGAGUGAGAAGACAGUCACCACCAAAUCAGCAGUCCCGUCUGACAGUCAUCACACAAAGUCUAUCCCUGACAUUCCCCACAUGAUUGAGAAAAGGAAAAACUUCUUUGAACACCUGGGCUAUAACUUCAAUAACUCAUUCUUUGAGAAGUUGAAAAAGUGCAACAAGAAGGCGGCAAUGAUAGACUGUGCCGAGGUGUUGGAGAGGUACAAGGUUAUUGAUGAGACAUUACAGCGUGUUGAGACAAGCUCAGACAAGACAAGCAAGUCAGAAGCCAAAGAGUGCGUGAAGAGCAAGGAGUUUGUCUGGACUCAGCUACAUGCUUACAACAGACUUCUGGAAAGCAACACCAACAUCACUGAUGAGGACAGAAUGUCCUGCCUCAAGAAGCUUGAUAGGAGGAUGUCUAAAAUAUUGCGAGCCGUUUCUCCAAAUUCGGUGUGUGUAGUUGUGAUGACCGGGCGGACAGAUGGAAAUACAGUGAACAAUGCCAUGGGCUUUGUCAGAAUUAAAAUUUGAGAGGAGAUUUUCCGUCAUACUAACCAGCUGUGCCAUUCAACCUUGUGCUAGUUUGUGUCAUAACAUCUUCUAAGCUUCAGUAGCACAGCAGUCAUCAUGGCUCAAAAUGAACACUCAUCCGCUGGUCGGAUCUUAUACCAGAAAGUUUUCCGUUAGGCCAGGAGUUAAACAAGCAUUGCUCUGACUGGACUGUAAACAGUCAACAUUUGAUUCAGUUACCAGUGAUCUUACCUGCAUUUAUCAUUUAGAACAGGGCUUCUUUAAAUGCCAUAUAUUUUGGUCAAAAUAAAUGGUAGAACAAUUUGAUGUUGUUUUUAGGAUCUGCAUGAAGGGCAUAUAUAGAGUCACUCGAGCCUGAGCCAAUAGGAUGGGCAGCAAUAUACCGAUAUAUUUGAUUGCAUAAGACCAAGUCAUCCUCUGAAACUUGUUUGACUGUCAAUGUUUAUCACACUGGGCAGUGUGAGCUAAAGACUGACCCCCAACCCUCCUUUAUUCUCCUUCAAAUUUAAAUUAAAACAACUAACAGGAUAGCUAUUAAGAUUGUUUACAUCUGCAGUAGAAGGUUGUUUUUAUUCAAGGUAUGACGACAGUGCCUUCUGUCAGCCAAUACAAAUCUCAGCAGGUUGGCGCCCAGUGCUGAGAGGUUAGCGCAAGGAAACAGGACUGCUUGACCCCGAUGUCAGUAUAAUGUGACUGGGAAGGGUGCCAUGUCUGGUGUCUUCAGCAUGAUACUUCAGUGGCAGUAGCACUUUGGUGGCAUGGACUCGCCCUGUCACAAGAUGACAAAGUGUAUGUACACACACGUACAUGAUUUGACUGAAAAGUUUUGUUAAGUACAACAUUAAACCCCAAGCAUUCAUUCAUUCAUUCUGUCUGAGGGUACCCACAUGUCUGUCAUCAACCAGCAUAAGAUAAGCAGGACACAGCCCAUGUCAUCACAAUAAAACUGGUCUAGAAGUGUCAGGGUUCUGUAUGCAUAUCCCCUCCUGUCCCAAGGUGCACAUUUGUCUGUUGUCAACCAGCAUGGGAUAAGCAGAAUACAGCUCGUCAUCAUGAAUAGACUGGUCUAGAAGU